GCAGCUAUUCAGCGAUAUGUCAAAAAUUUCUGAAGAGAGAAUGGUGUAAUGUUUUCGCUUCGAUAAUUUUCUUUUCCUUAAAAUGGAAUCCAAUAGCACUGACACGGAAACUGGCGACAAAUGCGAUAUAAACGGCGACUGUUCACCGACACCGCACAAGGACACGGCUAGCUUCAAUCACUCGAAAAACAUUGAUGACAUAUCCACUCCUUCUGAAUUGAAAUUCGAUGAAGACUUUGAAUUCGAGGACCCAGAUGUUACUGAGAAGCGCAACGAACUUGAGAGAUGUCUGAAAAACCCGGAUUUGAUAAAUUUGGAGCAAUGGCAAAACUUUGCCAAGAGCAAAGCUGGUUUAAUUGCUGAUGAAUAUAGGAGACAGAUAUGGCCACUUCUUGUGGGGGUCACAAUCGAAGAAAUGACAGACCCACCAUCACUGGAUGACCUCUCCAAACAUAGUGAAUAUCAUCAAGUGGUGAUGGAUGUGAACAGAUCACUAAAGCGCUUCCCUCCGGGCAUUCCAUAUGAGCAGAGAGUGGCUCUUCAAGAUCAGCUCACAGUACUCAUCUUGAGGGUCAUAAUGAAGUAUCCACACUUGAAAUACUACCAAGGCUACCACGACGUGGCGAUCACUCUGCUGCUAGUGUGCGGCGACAAGGCGUCGUUUCCUUUGCUAUGCCGCCUGUCGUACGGGCCGGGCGCACCCCUGGCUCCGUUCAUGCAGACCACGUUACAGCCCACGCAGCAUUUACUCAACUACAUGUUCCCGGUGAUCAGGCGGGCCGACGAUAGGCUCGCUGAUUGUCUAGACAAGGCGGGCGUGGGCACAAUGUUCGCGCUGCCGUGGUACCUCACGUGGUUCGGCCACAGCCUCAACCGCUACGCGGACGUGGUGCGGCUGUACGACUACUUCCUGUGCGCGCCGCCGCUGUUCCCCGUGUACGUGACGGCGGCGCUCGUGCUGCACCGCGCGCCCGCCGUGCUGCAGUGCGACUGCGACAUGGCCAUGAUGCACUGUCUGCUGUCGCGGUUACCCGAUGACUUACCAUUUGAAGACAUUCUGGUGACAGCGAAAAAAUUGUACGAAGAGAACGAUCCCUCUGACCUCGAAGCAGAAGUAAAAGCUUUAGAGAAAAGAGAGGAGGAGCAACGCAAGCUCGACCAGGAGCGCAUGAAACGCAGGCAGGCGGGCCGAGUGGCGCCACGUGGCGGGCCGCGGCGCUGGUUCGCCAGUCUGCCCGCGGCGUUGCGGCGGCCGGCGGGCCGGCGCGCGUGCUUGGCGCUCACGGCCGCGCUGUUCGCCAUCUACGUGUACUACCGGCCGGAGCUGUUCAGGAAUCACGAGGACAGUGCGGAAUUAUAAAAAGCUCGUGUAGGGUGACAAUAAAACUUGUUUUUUUUUUAA